UUUAAAUCUGGGCUUGUGGGGGGUUUCAUUCUUCUGGCUUUCAGUAUUACGUUCUUCAUUCUAAAUUACAUUUCUUGAUUUGAACCCUUUUCAAUUCUUGAAAAAUGUAUCUACUCAACAUCCCGCUCACACUUGCAUUAUCUUCGGUUCUUUGCCUUGCACAUCCACAACAGUUCCCGUUCACUUCACCUAGCUCUCACCAUUCCAUUGAGAAUAACAAUGGCUAUGCUCGUUUCGACAACGAGCAGGUUCUCCGUAUUCAGGUCUCGUCCUUGGACCAGCUUAAACAGCUAGAAGCUACUGUUGAAGAGAGAAACCUUGACUUGUGGUCUAACCUCAGGAUUGGCACUGUCGAUGUUCGCGUCCCUGUUUCAGAACUUGAGACCUUUAAGAAGGCUAUCCCCCUCCCUACCAUGGUCAUGAUCUCCAACUUACAGGAUCUUGUUCCUGAAGUUGCUCCUGCUCUGGCGCCUCAACACCAACAGCAAUGGAAUUUCACAGACGACUCAUUCUGGCGUAACUAUCAUGAUUUAGCAACCCUCAACAAUUUUACGGAAACCAUGGUCCAACAGUUCCCAGAAUUAGUCUCUCGCACAUCUAUUGGAUUUACACACGAAGGACGCGAGGUCUUCGGAAUGACCAUCCAUGGCUAUGAUCGGAAAGAUGACGAAGAUGACGAAGAUGACGAUGAUGACGAUGACGAUGACGAUGAUGACAGCAAAAAAUCCAAAAAGAAAAACAAGGACAAACACAACAAAUUGAAGAUUUUGGCUAAUCUUGUAGAUUUAGAUGAGUUAAAAGAGACCAUUGAGGACACAGUCGAGGAGGUGCAAGAUGAAAUCGAGGAAUUGGUCUGGGAUGCUCGCUCAUGGUGGUCAUGGUUGUUUGACCCAUUCAAGGGGGAUGCAUCUUACAUGAAGAAGAAACCCUCCAGGCCCAAGAAACAUCCCAAGUCCAUUGUCAUCCAUGGUGGUCAGCAUGCCAGAGAAUGGAUUGGGCCGGCUACAGUCUCGUAUAUUGCCAAAGAAUUGAUUCUGGGAUAUGGCAAGAGCAGUAAGAUUACGCGACUGGUUGAUCAGUUUGAGUUUGUGAUCGUUCCUGUCCUUAAUGCAGAUGGAUAUGCUUACACAUGGGAGCACAAUCGCAUGUGGCGUAAGAAUCGUCAACCCACGUCCAUUCCUUUCUGCCCUGGCAUUGAUCCUAAUCGCAAUUGGGGAUAUAUGUGGAACCAAGGUGGCAGCUCUAGUAACCCAUGCAGUGAAGGUUAUCAUGGACCUGCAGCCUUCGCAGCCAAGGAGCCUAAGAUGAUGUCUGACUUCAUUCUUAAGAAGAACCAAGAUGUGGUUGCAUAUAUUGAUUUUCAUUCAUACUCCCAAUUAUGGAUGACGCCUUUUGGUGCUGAUUGCUCCAAGGUCCCUAAAGACGAUGAGGAUAUCAUCGAAGGCGGUCUGGGCGCUGCUAAGGCCCUAAGGGAUGUUCAUGGCACCAAAUUCGCAGUUGGCAGUGUCUGCAAUAUCAUUUAUCAAGCUAGUGGUGGAUCAUUGGACUGGACGUACGCGGAAGGCAAAGUCAAGUAUUCAUAUGCAGUCGAACUCCGAGAUACAGGUCGACAUGGAUUUUUGCUGCCCGAAGAUCAAAUCUUGCCUUCUGGUGAAGAAACUUUUGCUGCUGUCUUGCAUCUUACAAAUUUUAUCCGCAAACGCGAGAAGCAAUGGGGUUAUAUUUAAAAAAAAAAAAAAAAAAAAAAAAA